AUCCUCAGUCUGAGUUCAGAAACUGGCAUCAUGACAGCCAGUGAGAUGUCUGUAAGAAUGAUCAUCUUGUCUCUGACUAUUACUGGAUUUCUGGGGAAUUCCUUGCUUCUCUACCACUAUCUGUUUCUUUACCUAGCAAGGUACAGGUUAAGGUCUACAGACUGGGUUCUGAUGCACUUGGUUGUAGCCAACAUCUUAACUGUCCUAUUUAAAGGAGUGCCACACAUAAUGGCAGUUUUUGUAUUGAAAGACUUCCUCAAUGAUAUUGGAUACAAAUUGGUUUUCUCUUUUCACAGAAUAAGUAGGGGUGUUUGUAUUGGCAGUACCUCCAUCCUCAGUGUCUUUCAGGCCAUCAUCAUCAGCCCCAGGGACUACAGGUAUUCAGAGCUUAAAAUAAAUUCACACAAGUACAUCCAUUACUCUGUGUACCUGAACUGGGCAAUUCAUUUCCUUAUAAGCAGUAUCAAUCUUGUGAACAUGAGGGCAAAAUAUGGAAAUGAUAGCAGAGCAAAUCUGAAACCUCAUUUUUACUGCUAUUCUGUCCGUCAUGACCAAACCAGUGACAUCCUGUAUGCAGCAUUGCUGUCAGCUCCUGAUAUUCUUUUUCUGGGACUCAUGCUAUGGGCCAGUGGUUCAAUGGUCAUCACACUGUACAAGCACAAGCAAAGGAUGCAGCAAAUGCCCAGGGCCAACAUCUCCUCCGGAUCCUCCCCUGAGUCCAGAGCCUCUAAAACCAUCCUUCUCCUGGUCAGUACCUUUGUCUCCUUUUACACAAUCUCUUCUGUCUGUCAACUCUUUGGGGCUCUUAUGUAUAUUCCCAGUUGGUCUGUGGUGCAUGUGACUGCAAUGGCCUCUCUAUUUUUCCCCACUGUUUGUCCUUUUCUCCUCAUGAGCCGUGACUCCUCAAUAUCCAGCUACUGCCUGCCCUCAAAAAUGAACAGACAUUUCCCCAAAGUCUCUGACCAAGAGUUAAAUUGAAAGCUGCUGCCCAGUUCUUACUCGGUUACUGAGUCAUUCUGAAAGAAUAGUGAGCGUAAUGACACUCAUACUACAGGACUUUUGAGGAUACU